AUGUCAUCAAUGAUCCCAAGCGUUUAUAGCUGGCAUUCACUACCGGUGAAAUUGGUGUCCAUCAUGGGAGCCUAUGAGGUUUAUCAUUCAUUUCCUUCCGAACCUGAUGAUCAUACCGCUCAUAAUGGUGACAAUUUUCCCGCUUCAGAAUCAAACGUUUUACACGUAGUUAUUUCAGAAUCAGAACUGGCAGAAUUACCGCUACCAGUAUAUGUAUGCGAGUUAUGUGGUGUCAAAGUGAAAACAAAAGCCAAUUUACGAGCCCAUCAGAUCAAAACUCACAAAAUCAUGAAAAAUGCAAAAGAUAUUGCAUUUUAUUCGAAACAAAGGUAUAAUGUUAAUCAUAUUUACCAUUGUCCGGUUGCAACAUGUAAGCACAACAUUGGUUUAGGAGGUGGAUUCAGUACCUACUGGAGGUUAAAGCAGCACUAUCAGAAUGUGCACAUGCAGAAAAGUUAUCAAUGUGACAAGUGUAAACAUUUCUUCCCUACACCUUCCUAUCAUGCCUAUCAUCAAAAAUUGUGUGGAUCAACAUAUUCUUGUUCAGUUUGCUUCAGGUCUUACUCGAGUAAGAAGCAUCUACUCCAGCACUGUAGAAGGAGUGGACAUUCCAACACCAUAUCUAGUUCUGUUUCCGAGACCAAGGUUGCUUCCAGUUUAUCACGUAGAAAAUGUCCACCAGUUUCCAGUUCAAACAUUACGUAUAAUCAUGUUCACAUGAAUACAUGUGCACCAAUAGUACUACCACUUCUUAUCUUACCAAUACCAGUUCCUGGUGUUAGCGCGUUGAAUAUGGGAAAUGUAGACAAUAAUAUUAUUGAAUGCUUGAAUAUGAAUUCUUUUUUGUACACAAGUGCUUUGUCGGCUCUUAGCUCAAUGUCAGCACAAAUUCCUCCGAGUUCAACUGUGCAGAUUAGUUGUCGUGUCUUAAGCAUGCAGUAA